CUCAGCCCCGCCCCGCCCCUUGUCCGCGGGUGGAUACUGGUAGCUGCAGGCUUGGGCUGCGCCGGGCGGGCGGGGAGCCGUCGGCUCUGUGUGUGUGCGCGCGCGCGCGGGGAGCCCGGAGCUGCGGCGGGCAUGAGGUAGGUGAAAGCCCUGAGUAUCUGAGCAAGGCAGCAUGGCAAUGUUCCUGGGGGCCAAGAAUGCCCACUCGGUUCUCAAACGCUUCCCCCGGGCCAACAGCUUCCUGGAGGAGUUCCGCCAGGGCACCAUCGAGCGAGAGUGCAUCGAGGAGAUCUGCAGCUAUGAGGAGGUCAAGGAGGUGUUUGAGAACAAGGAGAAAACGAUGGAGUUCUGGAAAGGAUACACCAACUCUGUCUACUCCGUCAAGGACCCCGGGCAGGGCACAGAGCGCUCAGAUGCCAUGUAUGUGGUGGUGCCUCUCCUGGGAGUGGCUCUGCUCAUAGUCAUUGCCCUGUUCAUCAUCUGGAGGUGUCAGCUGCAGAAAGCCACGCGCCACCGUCCCUCGUACGCCCAGAACCGCUACCUGGCCAGCCGAGCGGGCCGCAGCCUCCCCAGGGUCAUGGUGUACCGAGAGACAUCUCACAGCCAGGGGGAUGGCCAGUCCCAGCGUGAGCCAGGCAGCAGGGUGCCUGCUGAUGGCAGAGCAGGAGGCAGCUCCCAGCUGGAUGGCACUCUUUACCCGCCGGAGCAUUCCGUCUCAGUCCUCUCCAGACUGUCUAGCGCCACCCCGCCCCCUUCCUACGAGGAGGUGACCGGGCACCCGGAGAGCAGCAGUGGCGAGGAAACCAGCGUCUCCUACAAUGACCCACCGCCCAAAUAUGAAGAGAUAGUGGGAGUGGCCCCUGCCUUGGGCAAGUAGUGGCGCUAGCUCCAUGCGCCUGGACCCUCCUUUUGGUGUAAUUCUCUCUCUCACUUUUACUAGACGAUGCCAUCACGGAAAAGCCUUACCUUCUUCGCUCACCAAAAAUAACUGUCCCUAACGGGGGGUAGGGGGUGGCACCAGAGUCCAGGCUGGGGUGCAGUGGAGAGCAGCCACCGAUGCAAGAAGGCACAAGCCCUGGAGAUCCCCCCUCUCCUGCAGCCACAAUCCAGCUUGCACAGGCUCUGCAUGGAGAGAGACCAGCCCCCUAGAGGCACCCUGGCAGGUUGUGUUAGGUUCCUUGGUGCCCAUGAUCACUGGGGUGAAAGGAUCUUGCAGCAGUGGAGUUCCUCUCCCUGUAUCCCAGCAAAGCCCCAUUUCUUUUUGUAGUGGGAAGAGCAGAGCAGCAUGAACAAAACCUUCCCAAGGGGCAAGAGGUGCUUCCUGCCCAUCCCAAACAGGCGACGUGGCACUCACAGAAGCGGGGAGGGGUGCUCCAUGGAGUGCCAGGCUGCGAGAACAGAGAAUGGCCCCGCCAGCCCUUUCCCAUAAGUGCCAUAACAGCAGGAGAUGAGUGGCAGAUUGUCGCUGGCCCUGUGGGAGUUCUCGUCGGUGUGUUCAAUCCAAAAAAUAGGUGUAGUGUCGUCCUGUGUUUGAAACAGCCACACUGCUGCCUCGGUGCCCACCUCAGCCUCACUGCAUAUGCACACACUGUCCCUGGCAUCCAUGGCGCUGAGACGCCCGUAGUCAUGGGACCAGCGAACAGAUAGACAGGACCUUUUCAAUGUUUCUUGCAGCAUCCAUCAGUGGAGCCGAUGAUGGUUUGUGCCUCAGCAAUCGUGUUGUUCCUACUUCUGGAUGAGGUCCUGUUUUUCCCUGCAUCUGGACUGUGGGAUCUUUGUCUGGGAGAGGGUAGGGGAUGGUCCUGGCUAUUUCACUGCUCACUUGUUUAGCACUGAUAUUUUAUUUUGCCUUUGGAAGAUUUAUUUUUCCUUGGUUUCUUGCCAGGGGUGUGUGUGAAUGUCAAUCACUUGAGAUCCCUGUACAGCUUUGCACAAGGGGUGAAACAAAUCCACUCUCUAGCUCUGUUACCAGGAUCAGUGAAACAGAUGCAGUUUAUAUCGUCCUCCUCCCUCUUCUCUGCUCAUUCUGCCCAUCUGCAUUGUUGUGAUCUUCUGCAGGAUGCGGCUGCAACCAAGGAGAUGUUUUGUGAUCCUGUAUCUUAUUUCCAAAGGGGAAUAUCCCGGGGGCUAGCGCCUGUGUAGAGAAUGUCUCUAAAGGUGUGGACUGGGGUUUGUGUCUCAAUGAUCACUGCUUUUUGUAACAUCUGUUCUAGUGAGCGGUGCUUCUGUAACAAUUGGGGAUGAGGGAGUUGAGCUGGGAUUGUCCUCUUGUGCCUCCUGUCUCUGUGUGUGGCUGAGGCAGGUGGGCAGUGGUCUGUCCUUUUGCCCUGCAUGACGCCAAAUCAAAGAUUGAUUCUGGCAGAUUUUUAAGGUUCUUCCCUUUCUUUAAGUGUGGGGAUGCCUCUUCCUCCUUGACUCUUCCCCGUUCCCCUCCCAGACCUCUGCCAGGGCCUCUUCCACAAAUUGGACACAGUUAAAGAGGAUGUCUUUCCAUCCCAUUCCCCAUCCCACCAUGCUCCAGCUUCUUAUACCAGUGCAGUCUGUGAACAAUCUGCAGAAAGGAAUGCGUUGAACUACAUGCUCACCAGGCUGGAGGCAGAUGAAGUGCAGCACCCCUGCCAUCCUGCACCCCAGACGUGCUUCCCCAUUUCCAUUGCAGCUUUGCUUCUGCGGGACCGUCAGCUCUGCAAGGUGAGGAUGUGAGACUGGUCUCCAAGGCCCACAGUGUGAUCUGUGCUGAGGCUACUGUAUAGAACCUGCUAAGGCAGAGGGGAAUCCCUGGGGCUUUGUGAGAUCAGGGCGAAUUGACUUGGGACCGUAGGGCCUGGUGCACCUGCAAGGGUAAGGCAAGCAUGACUUGCUUCAGCAUCUUGUGCUGCCCCUUGCUGCCUUCUGGAGCUCACACAGUUGGCAGGGCAGAGCUAGAGGAGGCAGGAGACACAGACGAGGGAGAGCAGAGGAACAAGGGAAAAGGGAGGGGGAAUUGUGGGUGAACAUGGUCUUGUGAAGUAAAGUGGGGGAAAGAGGAACUCAGUGCUGUCCAGCCCAUAACUCAGAGGAAGCCCCUAGACACUCAGGCGCUCUGAUUAGCCAACUGAACCAUGCUGCUGUCAGCUCAGGUGAUUUGUGAUGUUUCUGUUCAGCAGGAAGUGCUGAGCGGGGAGUUGCUGGGGCUGGUGGACUCUUUCCCCUCCCGAACCCCUGGCAAUGUCUCCAGAGGCUGGGGCUGGCCAUAUGGGGAGGAGGCAUUUUCUGCAUGGUGCAUGUUUGAUACAGGCCACUACCAAGCUUCACAAAUGUGACUCUCUGUUGAAGAUCCCAUGUUCACAGUAUUGUGCUUUAUAUGCAGCCAGGAGGUCAAAUCUCCACUCUUUCCUAUGACUUUUGGUCACCAGUAACUGUAAAGAGAUCUAUGAAACAUCACAAACAUACAGAGGCUGCAUGUUGUGGGGCAGAUUGUGGUUAAGGCAUAGGACUGGGAGCUAGAAGGUCUGGGUUCUGGCCCUGUCACUGAGCCAGUGUGUGACCUUGGGACAGUCACUUACCCUGUCUGUGAUUCAGUUUCCUCCUCCGAACAGACAGUAGCUUGUGGGGGUGUUGUGAAGCUAAAUUUACUGCAUGUAAAGUGCUUUGAGAUCCUUGGAUCAAGGUACAAAUGAUCCAGUGCAAGAUAAAUGGGCAGAGCUUAGGAAAGUUCCCUGUAAGAUUCUGCAGGUUCUUUUGAGCUUCCUUAGUCUGCAGAGGCCUCUUCUCCUUAUGGGUUUAAGAGUGCUUUGGUGCGUGGACAUGGAUUGGAUUAUCUGUGGGUUUUCCCUAUUGGCUGUGUUGAACUUCAGGCUAUAGGGCUACCAAUUUAAAACCAGAACGUGCUGUCAGACUCUCUAGAGUUGCAGUGCACACUCCGUGGCCCAGCUUUCAUCAGCAAUAGUGGACCUCAUGCUCCCAUGCUGCUCCCUUGUAUCUGUUCUUGGGCCCAUUUCAGAAUGCAUGGAAUGUGCAGAAAUUGAGGGUGUGGGCUGAUUUGGCUAAGGCCUGGAUUUCACAGAAUAUUGUCAGCCUUUUUUUUAAAGAAACAAAGUGUCAGACACACUGAUCAUGUUUGGUUUUCUAAAUAUCUUUUUUGAAAAAUCUGUGUUUUAGUCCCUGACUUUUUAUUGGGGUCAAAACAUUGAGAACCGAACAUCAUGAGUAGUUACAGAGAGCAACUUAAUUAAACAGUGGACCAAAUUCCUUGCUCUUACGAGGGCACAACUCCAUUGUCAUACACCAGCUGUGAAUUUGGCUCUCUGACUGACAUCACCUUUGUUAUUGUUUCCCAGUGGGCUUUUGCCUCACUCCAAAUUCUUUCCUUCUCUUCCCCUUUCUUCA